AUGAUGGCACCGUUCAGUCUUGUGUCGCCGUUCGGUCUGGCGCCGCGUUGCUGAUCCGAAAACAGAUGUAUUAAAUAGCCUUAUUUUCAUUCCCUUUAGGUGAGGUAGGGCCUCACCUUUUGGUUGUCUAGCUGUUCCGUAUGUUUGGUCAGCAGCGGAAGUUACGUCACUACAGCUGAUAUCGCUAUUUCUCGUCUAUUUACGAUAAAGUAAGAGAAGAAGGAUGCGAGAUUGGAAGAUGGCGGAGCUCUCUGUUGAGGCUCCGUUAGCUAUGACUGAAGAUUGGUCGGAUUUUGGUGAUUUCCAGAGCUCAGAGGAUAUUGAGAACUCAAAUAAAAAUGAUCUACCAAAAAAUGAAAACAACGAGAAUGGACUCUCUAAUAAUUUUAAUGAAACUUUUUCUACUUCACUUGAAGAUCUAGUCAACACUUUCGAUGAGAAAAUUACCAAGUGUUUCUGUAAUUAUGAAGAAAAAGUGGAAAAAUUUGCUCCAGUACAAAUUCGAACACAGGAUGAAAUAAUGAAUGAUUGCCAAAUGUGGUGGACUUUAACGGGAAAUUUCGGGAAUAUGCUUCCAAUAGAUUGGUCAAAAUCAUAUACACGAAAAAUGCAAAUAAACUGCCUUAACUUAAAUGAAAAAUUGGAUCGAGAAUCGGGAGACGAGUUGGAUGUCUCUGAUGAUGAAAUUGCCAAAGAUUUGGACCUCCAUUCUUUAAUCAUUUCCAGUUUACAGCAAGAGCCAAUGUUCACUGCAGAACAAGUGCUGGAAGAAAUAGAUGAAAUAAUGCAGCAAGAUGAAAUUCCUAUUGAUGAAUCUCAAGAUGAAAUUGAUGGUGAAAUAGAGCAGAAAGAAACAAAUCCAUUUUCUUCCAUAUUAUAUGAAGAAAAAUUAAAAACUUUGACAAAUGCCCAGCUGAAUGAGGUUUAUUUGGAACUGGAAAGAAUGAUUCAAGAAAAUUCUGAAGUUCUGAUCCAAGAAUUGGCUUUAAGAGAUGAGCUGGAAUUUGAAAAAGAACUUAAAAAUACUUUCAUUUCAUAUUUACUUACAAUACAGAAUAAGAAGAGACAGCACAGCACAGAAAAGAGGAGAGGGCGAUCUUCUACAGGGAACAGUUCAGAUGCUAAGUUCCUGACUACUGUCAUUCCUUAUAGCAUUGAAAAUGGACCACCUAACAACCAAACGCUGCAAAUUUUGAUAAAAAUUUUAAAAGCAAUCAAUGAAGAUAAUCCAGCUGUACCUGCUCUACUGACAGAUUAUAUUUUGAAAGUUCUGUGUCCCACAUGAAGUCAAUCUUGUUGCUGAAAUUGCUGUGGUUCACAAAUAUCUACUUAGAGCAUUCACUAUGUCUUCAAGAACUGAAAUUGUGUGUUUUACAAAAAUGCAUUCACGUCAAAAUCUUGUUAUCACCAGUUGUAGUUAGUCAUCAUUUUUCUUAUGAGAAAUGGCUUCAAUGAUGGUAGAUUGCUUUUAAUCAUAGUUUCAACUUUUCAAGUUAAUACUAAUACAACAUCUUGCAUACAUUGGAGCUUAUAAUAUUAGAAUUUUGCACCAGGUUUGAAGUAAUUGACAUAAAUAAUGAAUCGUAUUUAUGAGAUUUAUUUUUAGAACAAAUCUUAAUUAAUAUUCAGUCUGUAAAUAGAGUGAGGUAGAGAGAAUAAGACAUUUGCCAAACAUCACACUGUGAAUUUUUAAAUGAAGUGAUUAUAAAAUAAAAUGCUCAGAUUAGUGUUUAAAAUAUUAAUUGAACUACAAUGAUGGAAGUAUGCCAUUUUUUUUUUUAAUUUUUAUACUCUUUUUUUUAAUCUUUUUAUUUUAUUUCAUAGUUUAUUUUGAUUUUUAUGUUUUCAUUUUCAAAGAAAAAGGUUGUAUUUCUCACUUUUUUAAUGCUCUUUAAGUGGACUUUUUUUGGCAGUUUAUUUUAAUAUACAAACUUUACCUUUUGCUGCAAUUUUUAAAUUAUGCUCUUGAAAUUUGAAUAUCUCAUUAUUUUAUCAGUGUGACAUUUUAAUUAUGUAUUUUUAAAGUUUAACUUAAAUUCUAUAAUACACUAAGAACAACAACAACAAAUCAUUGAUGAUGAAUGCUGACCUAUUUCUCCUUUUCACCUUUAUGAAAUAUGUGGAAUUUGUAAUGUAUUUAUGUUAUUAUAUUUGUAAUUUAUUAAAAGUAAAUCUUUAAAUGCAACUUCUAAAUAUUGAAUAAAUGUUGUAGCUUAAAUGUGGAAAUCUAAUUAGAAUCUUACCAUGUUAUAACAACUUAACAAAAUAUGUUAAUUAAUUCCAUUAGUACAAAGCUAUAUUUUGGAUAUUAAUCUAUCAAAAGGCAUUGAAUGCUGUUAUUAAUUCCUCAAAUUAUUCAAAGAAUAAGGCUUGAUUUUUUUUUAUUUCUAAUAUUUUAUAUCAAAUAGUUGUCCCUUCAAUAUGCAGUUAAAUAGUUUUAUUUCUUUUAAUGUCAAAAAAAAUGAUAGGUUCUUAGGGUUAAGAAAAUUGAAUCAUUAAAUUAAUCAGCAAGUUUUAGUUCAUCAGUAACAUCCUAAAAAAAAAAAAGGCCAACUGAUAUCUUACCAUUUCAUUGAUUUAACAAUAACAGUCUUUAGAAACAAGUGCUGAGCAGUACAGAAUCUUUUGUUUGAUAUGCUGCAUACUGGGACUGCCACAAUUUAGCUUGCCUACUUUUCUUUGGAGCAAGUUCCUGACAUUUGAUGUGGAGAAACAAAUUCUGUGUUAAACUUGCAUGUUACUGAGAUCUGCUAUGACUGUUUGCUCACAUACCUGUCAGAAUCGGGCCUGAUGCCUUAUGUAUUUUUGGACAAAAUUGAAUUAGUAUUACAGAUUACACAAAUUCUAAAUUAGUAUAAUUGCGCAUUUUGCCAAAAGAUUUCAUGAGAAAUUGUUCCAAAAAACAUCAGAAUUAUUAAUUAGGUCCUGUGUUUAUUGAUAAAUUAAUUAUAUGCUUUAUAUUCAAAUCAUUUUUGAAAAAGUAAAUGAACUGAGUUUAAUUUUAAUAUUAUUGUAUUUCUAAAUAUGUUAUGUAUUAUUAUUGAGUGUAUUUAAUACUAAAAUUUUUUGUAUGAUAUUUUUAAUUCGGAAAAAUUUUAUUCUUGGUGUAACUUAAUUAAGAAAGUUAAAUUAAAUCUCAUUUUGUUAUUAAUCCUAUUUUCAAAUGAAUUAGGGAUUUAAUGAGAUUCAAUUAGUAUUUAGUAAGCUAUAAUAAAAUAUAAUGAGAUUUUAAAAUUUUUUAUUUCUUCCAGACAUUUUAAAUUUCCUUUUGAAUUUCUAAUACAUUUUAUUUAGUUUCAAUUUAGCAGAAUUUACAAUUUCACUGAUUUUCAACUGAAUUAAAAUUGAAUCUCUUGAAGUGUAAAGCUUUUGGAUAAAAGCUUACAAUUGUACAUGGGUAGAAAUUUAAGUAUAGAAAAAUAUUUACACUUCAUUUCUAUGUAUAUACAGAUGACGUUGCUUAUGUUUUUUUUUUUAAUGUCGGAAACUAAUAUCUCGCAAGUAUAUCUGGAAUAAGAGAUAUUUAUCUUAGAGUAAUCUCUCUGUGUGCAUGUUUAAGUACACUUGUAUGUAUGUAAAUGUUGUAGCUGUUAUUUAUUGCUUAAAGAACACAAUUGUACUGCCAUUGUAUUUUUUAUUUCAAAGCAAAAUUAUUAAUUUUUAACUAAAACAUGUCUUAUUAGAUUUCUCUUUUUUUAUGGUUAUUAUUGAUCUUUUAAUGUUUUUAGACAUUUUAUGAAUGUCAAAGUACCAAUAUUAAUCAUUUUAUAAUUUCAUAUAUCCUCUCCCCUCCUACUUUAUUUUCGCAACUUAUUUUGAAAAAUGCAUAUGAAAUUUACCUUCUUUUUAAACAAAAAGUUUACUAUCUGUUUUUAAAAAACAGUAAAUUUUAAUUUACUGUAAUUAGUGAAUCCCUGUUAUAUUGAAUGGGACUAUCCUAAAAUGAAUGUUAUAUGAAAUUGUUGUUAAAUAUGUAUUUUUUUUUUCUUUUUUAUCAAAACUGAAAAUAAAAUAAAUUAUACUUUUUACAUAAGAAAGCUAAACUUUUUAAAUUGAGAUGAAUUUUCCCCCGUUUUUAUCUUUAAUGGGAUAUUUGAGAUUAUUUUUUUCUGAAUGGUAACAGUCGAUAAAUAUUGAUGUAAAAUUAUAUUUGUUGAAAAAGGAUAUUUUUAUUAUUAUCUGCCUUUCUUAUUAUUAUUGCUCCUAAUUUUAAAACUAAUAUACAAAUGAAAGAAAAUAUGGAUUUGUGCUUAAUUUUUGUUACUGUUGUUUGAAAGAAAAAAUAUAUAUCUAUUUAAAAAAAGGGAAUAUACAUUUUUUUAAUUCCUAAAUAUUUGAAUUUGAGAGGACUUGUUAAUUGACCAUGUAUAAAAGAUAACAAUAAAGGGGAUUCACUGCAGUACAUGCAAUGGUUUGUUUGUUUCCCAGUUAUAUCAGAAAGUGUUUGAUUUUUUUUAUUUUAAAUAUAUUGGAUACAUAAUGAAAUGAAAUAGUACAUAUUGUGAAAGCAUAAGUGAAUCAUAUGAAAAUAGUCAUUGGUCUAAUAAUUCUUUACAUUAUGUGUUAAAUUUCAGUUAAUUAGAUUUUAUAAAUUAUGUAAAUUACUUGUAUAAAGUUUAUACAGUUAUUUAUUUUAUAACUUAUUUUCUUGUGACAAAAGCAUUCACUGUUUGCAUUUCAAGAAAAAUGUGAAGCUUUUAACUGUCAAGUGAAUUUAAAAGUUGCGUUGUUGCAGCUGAGUAGCAAGUUGCUCAUUAUUGUAGCAGAAAAGAGAAUGUGCCAAUUUUAAAGUAACUUAUUCAUUCAUAUUCCAAUGUAGUUAUAUCUCUACACCAAACCAUGUUUGAGUUCUUUACUUUUAAAUGUUUAGAUAUUAUAAAAAUCAUAUUUAACUGAUGCAGCUAUGUUGUCUUGUUGAUUUUUAGUUUUCUUUAGAUGAAACAAGUUCUUUUUUUUUUUUUUCUUUUUUUUUAAAUUUUAUUUGUAUGUGAUACAUAAGGAAUCAUGACAUUCUUCUGUUUUGUUUUGUAGAUGACAUUUUCCCUCCAUCUGUGGAUUUAGAUAUUGUUUGUGUAAAUUUUCUGUACAAAUGCUGUGUUAUUGCUGUUAUCCUGAUCUGUAAUAUUACUAAUUGAAGUAUAAUUAAAGAUAUCUAAGCAGUGA